AUGGCAGACAACAGCCACCAAGGCCCUCAGAGAUCAGGGCCUGUGCAAUUUCUAAUGAGCAACAAGCUGGAAACCAUCAUGUGGCUGUCUCGCCUCUUCACUGUCUACUGCUCUGUCAUGUUCAUGCUACCGAUCUUGGGGCCCUACGCAGCGUCCAAUUUCUACCAGCGAGCGCUACUGUCCAACGCACUCACUAGUGCCCUGCGCCUGCACCAGAGACUUCCCAGGUUCCAGCUGAGCCGCGCGUUCCUGACGCAGGCGCUGCAGGAGGAUAGCUGCCACUACUUGCUCUACUCACUCAUCCUCGUUAAUUCCUACCCAAUUACCAUGAGCAUCUUUCCGGUAUUCCUCUUCUCCCUACUACACGCAACCACUUAUUCAAAGAAGUUCUUCGAUUCUCUGGGCCCCAGCAGCUUGAUGUUCAUCAGGAACCUCCUGGACAAAAUUUCAACCAAUCAGCAGAACAUUCUUAAGUUUAUCGCCUGUAACGAGAUCUUCUUGAUGCCCGCCACUGUCUUCAUGCUUUUCAGUGGGCAGGGAAACUUGCUGUUGCCUUUCAUCUACUAUCGCUUCCUCAGCCUUCGCUACACAUCCAGAAGAAACCCAUACUGCCGCACUCUGUUCACCGAGCUGCGAAUCCUCCUGGAGCACUUCAUCAUGAAACCAGCGUGCCCCGCCUUCUUCCGGAGGAUGUGCCUCAGCAGUAUCGCCUUUGUCAGCCGCCUGGCCCCCAAUGGCGUCUGA